UUCUUUGGAAAGUAACGUAGAUAAUGUGAAUAAGGUGUUGGAGGCACAUCUGCCAAACUUCAAAAGCAAAAUACUGAGACUCCUUUGUACAGUGUAUGUAUGCAAAAGAUUUAUGGAUCUAGGUGAUGAUGCAUUAAUUGUCAAGUGCAGGAAAUCAAGAGUCCAGGCAGGUCAACAGAAUAUAGGUUUAUUAUAUACUAAAGCUCCCCAAGAAAAUCUGAAGUACUAAUGUUCAUAGCCUAUAGCUGGUAGAUAAGAGUCAAGAGAAUUCAAGAUGGGCUGGAGAUAGAUCUCUUAUGGGCGAGAAGGUCCUCAAGACUGAUGACGCAUUUGACCCCUUCCUCAGACUCAGCCUGGUCAUCUCCUACAUUAGUUAUAGUAAAAGCUUUUAAGUAAUUACUUUUGAAAAAGGUUUCUUUUCAAAGCUCUUUGUUGAAUAUAUUGUAUGGCUACAUAUUUUUCCCAUUUAAGGAAUGGGAAACUAGAAGACAGUAUGGGAUAAUUAGCAAGGUAAUUAAUUAGGAGAGUGGAGAGGAGGACAGUGUCAAAAUAGGUCUCUCUUGCUGCUUGUUCAGGCUUGGUAACUGCAGUUUAACCUGCUUUCUGUAGCUGUGUGUUGAGAUGCUUAUUUGCAAGUGCCAGCUUCAUCUGGAAUUUUCAUAAGAGCUCAAAGAAAGAAUUACAUUUUUGCCUGAGCUGUUGCUCCUCAGACCUUCUCCUUUCAACUUUUCAAAGAACAUACUGACACCUGAAUCUGAAGCAAUGUAAAUGCUAUGAUCGAAACAUUGGAAGAUAUAUUGUUACGUACACAGUAGAAUGUUUCCCAUAAUUAUAUACAUUUCUGUGUGAUUUCCCACUGGGAUUUGCAGUACCUAAACAGUUAAAUGAAGACUGAAUUGACUCUCAUGUUAUCUUUUUUCCAAUAUAUAGUAGACUUCUUGUCAAAGAAGACACUGCUUUUCAAAAUUUAGGCAUUCUAGUGCACGUGUGCUACCACAAAGGAUGACCCUUUACACAACUCUUGUUGGCUUGCUGAAUGCCAGGAACUACAAUUUUGGCGGAGAGUUUGUAGAAGCCAUGAUACGUCAGCUGAAAGAAUGUUUGAAACUCAACCUGUACAAUGAAGCUGUCUAUUUAGUGCGCUUUCUUUCUGAUCUUGUGAAUUGUCACGUAAUAGCUGCACCCUCAAUGGUAGCCAUGUUCGAGAAUUUCGUUAAUGUGACGCAGGAGGAGGAUGUACCUCAGGUUCGAUGUGACUGGUAUGUGUAUGCAUUUCUGUCAUCUUUACCUUGGGUGGGAAAGGAACUCUAUGAGAAAAAGGAUACUGAAAUGGAGCACAUCUUGUCUACUGUUGAAAACUAUCUGAAACGGCGUCAGAAGACUCAUGUGCCCAUGCUACAAGUUUGGUCUGUUGAUAAACCACAUCCCCAAGAAGAGUACUUAGAUUGCCUUUGGGCUCAGAUUCAGAAAAUGAAGAAGGACCACUGGCAAGAGAGGCACAUCCCAAGGCCAUACCUGGCGUUCGACAGUGUGCUUUGUGAAGCGCUGCAGCACAACCUGCCUUCUUUUACGCCCCCACCCCACACGGCAGAUUCCGUUUACCCGAUGCCAAGAGUCACCUUCCGAAUGUUUGACUACACUGAUGAUCCUGAAGGUCCAAUUAUGCCUGGGAGCCACUCUGUUGAAAGAUUUGUGAUCGAAGAAAACCUCCACUGCAUCAUCAGAGCCUUUUGGAAAGAGAGAAUGACAUGUGCUGUCCAGUUAACAAGCUAUCCAGGAAACCACAAGAUCCCCCUGAAUUACCACAUUGUUGAGGUGAUCUUUGCUGAGUUGUUUCAGCUUCCUGUUCCGCCUCACAUGGAAAUCAUGUACACAACACUUUUUAUUGAACUCUGUAAACUUCAGCCUGGAUCUUUACCUCAAGUUCUUGCACAAGCUACGGAAAUGCUGUACAUGCGCUUAGAUACAAUGCAUACCAUCUGCAUAGAUCGGUUCAUUAAUUGGUUUUCCCAUCAUCUUAGUAAUUUUGAGUUCCGUUGGAGCUGGGAAGAUUGGUCAGAUUCUGUUUCUGAGGAUCUUGACAGAGCCAGGCCUAAGUUUGUAAGGGAAGUACUGGAAAAAUGCAUGAGGCUUUCCUACCACCAGCGAAUAAUAGAUAUUGUUCCUGCUAGUUUUUCAGUCUUGACUCCUGCAAAUCCAAUCUGUAUUUAUAAAUAUGGAGAAGAAAGUAACAAAUCUCUUCCUGGAUACAACGUUGCACUCUGCUUAAACAUCGCCAUCAAAAAUAAAGUGAGUAAUGAUGAAAUUUUCACCAUUCUGAAGGAUGUGCCCAAUCCUAAUCAGGAUAAUGAUGAUGAAGGCUUCUCAUUCAAUCCUUUAAAAAUAGAAGUUUUUGUCCAGGCACUAUUACACUUAGCCUCAAAGUCAUUCAGUCACUCUUUCAGUGCUCUGGGAAAAUUUCGAGAAAUCCUCAAAACUUUGGCUGAAAGUGAUGAAGGGAAGCUUCAUAUUCUCAGAGUUAUGUAUGAAGUAUGGAAAAAUCAUCCUCAGAUGAUUGCUGUACUGGUGGAUAAGAUGAUUCGAACACAGAUUGUGGAUUGUGCUGCAGUGGCUAACUGGAUUUUUUCUCCAGAGCUAUCUCAUGAUUUUACAAGAUUUUAUAUUUGGGAGAUCUUACACUCUACAAUUCGUAAGAUGAAUAAGCAUGUGAUGAUGAUCCAAAAGGAGCUAGAAGAAGCCAAAGAAAGAUUAGCCAAGCAACACAAAAGACGUGAGGAUGUCCGGAGCAAUGAGAGGGGAAAUUGGCCCCUUGAAGAACAGAUUGAACGUUUGCAAGAAAAAGUUGAAUCGGCUCAAAGUGAACAAAAAAACCUUUUCCUUGUAAUAUUUCAGCGUUUUAUUAUGAUGCUAACAGAGCAUUUAGCACGAAGUGAAGCAGGAGGCAUUGAUGUAAUUACACCUUGGUACAAGAACUGUAUAGAGAGGCUGCAGCAAAUCUUCCUACAGCAUCAUCAGAUCAUCCAUCAGUACAUGGUGACCUUGGAGAACCUUCUAUUUACAGCAGAAUUGGAUCAUCACAUACUGGCUGUAUUUCAGCAGUUCUGUGCACUCCAGGCUUAAAUUACUUUUUUUUUUUGUAUAGGACUUAAUUUCAUUUUGUGAAACUUAAGACUUCGAUGGGAAAGAAAGAAAAAAUAAUAAUAACCUGAAAGUGUGCUGUGCUAGAUAAACAGUGCUCAUAUUUUCAGCAGUAGGGGCCUUAUGCUAGUUAUGAUUCCGGGAUGUUUGGGAUGGAAUAAUGUGUGGAUUUCUAAAUUUGAAAUGGAUUGAAUAUUGACUCGGCCAUAGCAUCCCUUUUGUGCCCUCUUAUUAUUGGUAUAAAAGUUAAAAAUAGAAGACAAUAAAUAGAUGUGGCUCUUUGUUGACCUUUUGCAUACCAUGCAACGGGUUCUAUAAUAAUGUGAACUAAGUCUCAAAACACGAAUGUAUCUGAGGAUAGACUUUCUGGUGAUAAUGCUCAAAACUCCGUAAGAAACAGAAGCCUCAAAUAUAUGAAUAUUUAAAUGGCUAAGUCUGCAGAGAACUUUGGGGUAUGUUUGCUAUCAAAAUGAAUGAUCAUGGUUUUGUGAAAUAUAAUUGAAACUACAACACUUUUUAAAACAUUGGUCCAAUGUGCU